GUCCCGAGACUGCAGAACUUUCCUUGACACAUGUGCCUCCCUGGUGUCUCCAGCCCCUCCUUCACUUGGAAAAUAAAUCCCAGCCUCCAGUACAUAUGGUAGAGGCCCCCGCCCCCCACCGGCUCUGCUGCGAGUUCAGUCAGUACACAGCCUGCAGCCAGCCAGUCUGGGAUCUCCCAAUGCCCAGCAAGGAGCAACUACAAGGGGCAGCACUAUGGGCUUUGAAUUAGAUCGCUUUAUCGGGGAAGUGGACCCAGAUUUUAAAUGCAACCUAUGCAACCGAGUGCUGGAGGACCCCCUGACCACCCCCUGUGGACAUGUGUUCUGCGCAGGCUGCGUCCUGCCUUGGGUGGUACAACAAGGCAGCUGCCCGGUGAAAUGCCAACGAAUCUCUGCCAAGGAGCUCAACCACGUGUUGCCCCUGAAGAGUCUGAUUCUCAAGCUGGAUAUCAAAUGCGACAACCACUCCAGGGGUUGCGACAAGGUGGUCAAGCUCCAAAACCUGGGGGAACACGCCGAGAUGUGCGACUACUCGCCAGCAAAGUGCCGGAAUAAGGGGUGCAAUGAGGUGUUCAACUUAAAGGACAUGGAUGCCCACAUGAGGGAGUGCUGCGAGCACAGGGCAGUUGGCAUCUGCCAGAAGGGAUGCGGUCUUAUGUUGACUUAUAGGGAGCAAAAGUCCGGGGAUCAUUGCUGUUUGAAGGCGGUAAAGGGGCAGAAUAGCCUUCUCCAGACCAAGAUAGCCGGGCUGGAGACUGAGCUCAAGAAGAGGGCGCUGAGAUCAAGCAAGAGGGAGAAGUCUCUGCUGUCCCAGCUCUCUGCUGUGCAAAAUGAGCUGCAGAUGACAGCGCUCAGGUACCAGAAGAAGUUCACAGAGUACAGUGCCAGGCUGGACUCUCUCACCAAGGCAGUGGCCUCUCCUUGCAAGGGAGAAGAGACGACCGCACUCACUCUCGUUCUCCACCGAGAAUCUGGAUCCCUGGGAUUUAAUAUUAUUGGUGGCCGCUCGUGUGUGGACAACCAAGAUGGACCCUCCAGCGAAGGAAUUUUUGUUUCAAAAAUAGUUGACAGCGGCCCGGCUGCCAAGGAAGGCGGACUCCAGAUUCAUGACAGGAUUAUCGAGGUAAAUGGAAAAGACUUAUCAAGAGCCACGCAUGACCAAGCGGUGGAAGCCUUUAAAACAGCCAAAGAACCCAUCGUGGUGCAAGUUUUACGGAGAACCCCUCGCACAAAGAUGUACAGCCCCCCCUCCGACACCCCGAUGAUGGACAUGGGGACACAGACUGACAUAACCUUCGAGCACAUCAUGUCUCUGACCAAAAUAAACUCUCCGUCUCCGUCAGUGUCUGCUCUGAACCCCUAUCUCUUAAAUGAAGAGCAUUCAUCACCUCACGAAUAUUUUGACCCCAACGACUUCAUGGGAGGUUUGCCUCAAGAUAUUGACAGAGAUGAGUUAGAAUUGGAGGAAAUAGACUUGUACAGACUGAACAGCCAGGAUAAGCUGGGGCUGACGGUGUGCUACAGGACGGAUGACGAGGACGACAUGGGGAUUUACGUCAGUGAGAUCGAUCCUAACAGCAUUGCCGCUAAAGAUGGACGAAUCAGAGAAGGAGAUCGGAUAAUACAGAUUAACGGCAUCGAUGUUCACAACCAUGAAGAAGCCGUCGCCCUCCUGACCAGUGAAGACACCAAUGUUUUCUUAUUAGUGGCCCGGCCAGAACUACAGCUGGAUGAAGGAUGGAUGGACGACGACAGAAAUGAUUUCCUGGAUGAUUUACACAUGGACAUGCUGGAGGAGCAGCACCACCAAGCAAUGCAAUUUACAGCCAGCAUGCUCCAGCAGAAAAAACUUGACGAAGAUGGAGGAACCACGGACACGGCAACCAUAUUAUCCAACCAGAUUGAGAAGGACAGCGGCAUUGGGCGCACGGAUGAAAGCACUCGCAACGAUGAGAGUUCGGAGCAGGACGAUCACACAACGUCCUCAAAUACUCUUGGCAGUCAGAAGAAACUCAUGUACAGUCAGGACACUUUGGGGAGCGGAGACAUGCAGUUCAGCAACGAGUCCUUCAUAUCUGCAGAUUGCACGGAUGCUGACUUCUUGGGCAUCCCCAUGGAUGAGUGCGAGAGAUUCCGAGAGCUCCUCGAACUCAAGUGCCAGGUGCAAAGCUCUUCGCAACGCAGUAGAUAUUACCAAACCAGCACCAUGGAGACCAAUCGGAGCGACCAGGAGAGUGUAGACCGGGAACUGGAGAUGUUGAACGAAGAGUUGCACAGCAUUGAGCUUGAGUGUUUGAACAUUGUACGGGCACACAAAAUGCAGCAGCUAAAAGAGCAAUACAAAGAGUCCUGGAUGCUACACAAUAGCGGUUUCCGAAAUUACAACACUAGUAUCGAUGUCCGCCGCCACGAACUUUCCGAUAUCACCGAACUGCCAGAAAAGUCAGACAAGGACAGCUCAAGUGCCUACAACACCGGGGAAAGCUGUCGUAGCACCCCCCUGACUUUAGAGAUUUCCCCUGACAACUCAUUACGUAGGACAGCCGACGCUGCCAACUGCCCAGGUGUCGAGGGGGCAGCGGGUAGUGCCAUUUACAAUGCAGCCCAGAAGAAUAUGAGAUCAAGCGGAGAGAGUCGAGAGUCCAGCCCGGCGAGACACCUUCAACAGGCCAAGGACUCCGAUCCAAGCAAACCCACGGAAGUCAAAGACAAAAAAGCCAUCGAGGUAGGCAAAAGCCUCUCAGAGAAGCAAUCUAACUCCUUUGCGCCACCGUUUCGGCACUCCCCUUAUAAACACGCCCACAUCCCCGCCCACGCUCAGCACUAUCAAAGCUACAUGCAGCUUAUCCAACAAAAAUCGGCGGUAGAGUACGCCCAAAGCCAAAUGAGUUUGGUCAGCAUGUGUAAAGACUUUCAGAACACGGCAGAAACCAGGAUGGAAUGGAAAGUGAAGGUACGGAGCGAUGGGACGCGUUACAUCACGAAACGACCAGUCCGAGACAAGUUGUUGAGAGAACGUGCCAUCAAGAUCAAGGAAGAGAGGAGCGGCAUGACGACGGACGACGACGCCAUUAGCGAGAUGAAAAUGGGACGUUAUUGGAGCAAAGAGGAACGGAAGCAACAUCUCCGCAAGGCUUCAGAGCAGAAGAAAAGAAAAGAGUUCAUGAUGCAGAGCAGGCUGGAUUGUCUCAAGGAGAAACAGACGGCCGAAGACAACAAGGAGGUCAACAUCAUCGACCUCAGCCACAAAAAGAUGAUGAAGAAGCGCAACAAAAAGGUUUUUGACAACUGGAUGACAAUACAAGAACUGUUAACACACGGUGCGAGGUCUCCCGAUGGUACGAGGGUCUACAACUCCCUGCUCUCCGUCACAACUGUAUAAAUUGUCCAAAUGAAUGUUUUUGGGUUUCUUUUCUUUUAUUUGUAUAUAACAAACUACCGCUGUGGUAGAAUUCCCGCCUCGUUCAAUGUGGCAAAUGUUUUUGUUUUGUAAAUAUAAGAUAAUGACGGUCACUGUUAAUAGUUUUUUUUUCUUCUUUUUUAUGAAAAAUAAUUUUACAUCUUACAAUUGAACUUAUGUAUAUAACCAACGCACCGCUGGGUCAUUAAAGUGGAGCUCCACCUUUGAUAAACCAUGUCAAACCUGACAACUUCAUCAUACAUUUUCAGCAACUUUUUUUGUUUUAUUUUUUGUUGGGUCGAUGGUGUUAAGAAUUUUAUUUGUCUUUCUCUGAUUUGAGUAUUGUAUCUGAUUUGAGUUUUUAAUAUUGGGGACCUAAUCCUCAGGAUAGGUCAUCAAUAUCUGAUCGGUGGGGGUUCAAUACCCGGCACGCCCGCUCAUCAGCUGUUUGAAGAGGCUGCGGCGCUGGAGUGAGUGUUGGAGCCUCCUCACAGCUUACCAAACACAGUGCCAUCCGAUGUAUAGUGGAUGCAUUUGGUAUUGCAGGCCAUUCACUUGAAUGGGACUGAGCUACACAUAGGCCAUGUGAACAAUGACAUCACUGGCCUAGGAGGAGGCCGCAGUGCUCAUGGCCUCUUCAAACAGUAGGGUGUUGGACCCCCACCGAUCAGAUAUUGGUGAGCUAUCCUGAAGAUAGGUUAUCAAUAUUUAAACUUUAAAGGGGCUUCCUUAAAAUUUUUAAAGGGGUUUCACUUGUAGGACUCCCCGCUGCCAGGAGAAUGGAUGUCUCCUGCUCCCAAGAGGAAGGGACCACAAAUAUUAGCAGCUCUCUAUUGUUCUUAAUGGGAGUUGUCAAACAUUUGGCAAGGGAUCAGCAACCUCCGGCACUCCAGCUGUGAUGAAACUAUGACUCCCAGCAUGCACACUUGCUUAGCUGUUCUCAGAACUCCCAUAGAGGUGAAUGGAGCAUGCUGAGAGUUGUAGUUUUACAACAGCUGGAGUUCCAGAAGUUGUUGACUCCUGUAUGCUCAAUCACCAUCACCCCUUGGUAGUGACACAUUGCCAUUGCCCCACCAUAGAUGUGCCAGAUGCCCCCUCAUUACUGCCAUAUAGCGCACCAUUACUUCCUACUUGCCCCUCCUCCAUCUGUGUUCAAUUCUCAUCUUCUCUAAAUGAAAAACAUUGAAAAUGACAAUGUUAAUUAAAGGCGGUGUUUCACUUUAAUGGUAACCAAUGGAUGAACUGAAGCCAGUGCCAGGUCAGACUUUGCAGUAUUUCUUUUUAUAUCAAGUGCAUUUUCUUUCCAUGACGUUGUUAUUAAACCCGUGAUUGCCAAAUAAUCCUUUAUGACAUAUGUACUACAUGUUAACCUUUACUCGUAAUGAACACAAAGCUUUUUCUUGCCUGAAGACACAGACGCAACUGCCGAUAUAAAACUGAUAUUUUAUAAAACUGUAUUUUGUGAUAUUACUUUGCUGUUGUGUUUUAUAUAACCAACCUUUAUUUAUCCAUAUCUACAAUGACAGGAUGUCAGCGUAAGCCAGCAGUCGACCGGAGACAGGAAUUUUAUGUAUCCAUUCUAAUCAAGAAAGAGAUUUUUAUAAGAAAUGGUUUUGUUAUUUUGCCCCAUUCUUGACCACGGACAAGAACGGGAUGCACUGUGUAAUUUUUUUUUUUUUUUCAGGAUUCAUUUGUACUGAAAUUUUCAAAAAAUGUAAUUUCAUAAAAUCGCAAAUGGUUGCAAACAUGGCAAUGUAAGAAAAUAAAUUAUUGUUUUGUAUCCA